UUUGGUCUGUAAGCACACACGAAGCAGACACAACAGAGCUAACAACACAUGCCAUACAGUUUGCUCGGUGAAAGAGAGAAAUAUCUCCUUUUUAAAUAUUUAAUAUAAUGUUAAAAAAGAAAUCAAGUGCCGCCGAAAAGAAAAGAAAACACUCAAAGUCAGAAGAACGGCAGGAAGGCAGGAAACGGAGGAGCUCGGAGCCACAUUUAGAGGACUCCAAGGAUGAGCUGGCAGACCCGGAGCUGGACCGGAUCGGCAGUGACAUAGAGGAAGGAGGACUGGACCUCAGCGUGCCCUUCCAGACCAUCACGGCCUACAUCAGCGAUAAGCAGGAGAUGCUGCAGCAGUGUUUCCAGGUGCUGGGGGAGAAGAAGCUGAGGAAGAUGCUGCCUGAUGAGCUCAAGGACUGUGGUUUAGAGGAAAUCAGAGCGCUGUGCUGGGAGCAGCUGGAGCCCAUCUCUGAACAAACUCUUCUUCAGAUCUUAGCAGGAGAAGAGCCGGCAGCUGGAGUCACCAGAGACCGGACCUCAGAGAGCCAGCAGGACAACAACGUCGACUCCACAUCUUGCCUUAAGGAACCAUCAAAAACGGAUGAGCCUAAACAAGAGGCUGCCGGUUCUGGGGAGGAGAGCGACGUGCUGAGCAUCAACGCCGACACCUACGACAGCGACAUCGAGGGAUCCAAAGAGGAGCCGCCUGCGAGAGCUGCAGCACCGGGGCUGAAAGCGGGCGCCGGCGAAGGGGAGCGCUCAAACCUGACCGCGAAGCCCGAGCCGACUCAGCCGGAGACGAAGAAAGACAUCCAGAGCGACAUAGACAGGAGCGUCAGUGAAAUCUUGGCGUUCUCUCCCGCUGCUUGUAAAGAUGGCGGUUCAGGACUGGAGGGAGCGCCGCAGAGCGCCGACGCAGAUUCAGGCAGUCAGCCGUCGAUUCAGCAGCUGGAGCUGCUGGAGCUGGAGAUGAGGGCGAGGGCCAUCAAGGCUCUGAUGAAAGCCGGGGAUAAGAAGCUCUGCAUGUCCACCAACACUUAGCUGGUUUUAUUUUAGGUUUUAAUUUAGGUUAUCUUUUUUAUAUUCCUCUUCUUGUUUGUUGUUGAGCAUUUGAAUACCUAAUUUAUUGUUCAAGUACUGCACUAUUAAAGUCAUGAUGUAUUUUUAUUUUAUUGGAAUCAUUUGGUACUUUGUUU